GAUCGGACGGAAGUCCCUCUCAAACGAGCCACGACAGCCUCAAGGGCACGAACGGAAUCCAGCCCAGCCGAACCCGAAUCACCCCUAACAUUUGAUACUUUGCAGGAACAGCUGCCCGAGAAGAUCAAGAUCCCGCAGAUCGGAUUUUAUGACGGAACAUCUGACCCGUACACCCACCUAGGAUUAUACAUGUCAUGGAUGGACCUGCACGGAGCACCGGACGCCCUCCGCUGCCGGAUGUUCUCAUUAACUCUGGGAGAAAAAGCACAAAGAUGGUACCAUUCGCUCGCCCCACAUUCGGUCGCUAGGUGGUCACAAUUAAAGUCCAUGUUCCGAACCCACUUCAUCGGAUCCCAGGCGUGUCGAAUUCCCAAAGAAUCGAUCACCCACAUUAUCCAGGGAGCAGACGAGAGUGAAGAAUUACAUCACUCGAGGUUCAGUAGGAUGGAUGCAGGCAACCGGAGGCCAAGAAACGAUGAACGAAUGAACCCAGGAGACGAGCCCGAUUUUAGACUGAAUCCCCGGAGAGCGAACGAACACCAUAAUGAAAUCUUGACGAUCAGUCAGGAGCAACGAGGCGAGACGAGCGCAUCCGGGGGAAGGAAAAGGACAGCAUCCAGACGAGACGAGGAGCAUUCGGUUCACAUCCCAAUCCAAAGAAGCGGACCGCCCACAAGGGUCAAUACGAGCCGAGAAAGUUCGAGCGUGUCAAGAACACAGGUCAAGGCAUACGUCCGAAAAGCAUACAGCACAGGACACCAAGUCAGCCGAGCGGAGGUCAACCGACACAUCCCCAUGCCUACAAAUCUAAUAAUGUUUUCGGAUGAAGAUUCUCUCCCGUUUGAUAAUCCACACUCAAAUGCGCUCGUAAUCACAGCCCCCAUUUUCCGAAUCCCAGUCCACCGAAUCAUGGUGGACACGGGAGCGUAUUCAAGUAUCUUAUACUGGACCGCAUUCCUUAAAAUGGGGAUAGACCAGAGCGAACUACGCCCAUGCAACGACCGCAUAACUGGAUUCAACGGACAAGCAACCAUUCCCGAAGGAGAAAUCACACUACCAAUCGAGCUCGGGGGAUCAGGAGCAAACGGAUGCAGGAUCAUGGAAACUUUCAAAGUGGUGAAAACGGCCAGCGAGUACAACGCCAUCCUCGGGCGAACGGCCUUAUACAAGCUGAAGGCGGCCGUAUCAAUCUUCCACUAUUCGAUCAAAUUCCCAACUAAGAAUGGCACGGGAGUCCACUACGGCAACCAAAGGGAAGCAAGAGAGUGCAUCAUGGCGAUCCCGUCAUUAGAAAUACACUCGGUCAUGAUGGCGAACGAGGAGGAGAAACUGAUCGUCGAACUAGUUGUAGAACCCGAGCAGUCACACGAGCACGAAGUUUCGUCCGAACGGCCAGACAACAGUGCGGCCAAAGGAUACAUGAACGAACGAAAGAGGAUGAGGGAAGAACCGAUCGAGGGCCCAGAAGAAGAAGACAAGUACCCUAUGCUGAC